AUCUCUGCCGGUGAGGGCGGAACGCAUGUCCGGAUUUCUACUAGCGCGAGUCUGCUGCAUGUGGAUGGUAUAGAAUGAAAACCCCAUUGCAUUGCGACGCAGGUCCGGAUGAGCGUACUCGGUGGACCUCUCGGAACUUCGGAACUCAUCCUGUCCCGUCGUGUCCCGGGUGAGGCCGCAAUACUCUCAUUCGGAAUCUCACUGCGGCCCACUGUCAACAGGUCGAACAGACCUCCUGCCGUUCAUGCCAACCCAUCACAAGAUCGGAAUCGGACCGCUCCACGCUCGGACCGCAGAGAAGGGGGCCGCAUCCGUUACACUGUAUAUGAUUGACGCGGACACGAGGAACGUGGGACGCUCAUUUUACGGCAAGCUGAUUGCAGCUGAAGUGCUAUUCGGACACGGAUACAAUUAAGCAGCAACUGUGG